GGUAAGAAAAGAGGAACGUUUUUUUUAAGCCAGAACAUAACAAAGUAACUAGUCUUUCAAGUAGCUAGCUGUUUGUAGAAACUCUGAUUUAGGUAUAUCCCCCAUUGGUUUUCGUUCUACACGGGAUUGUGAAAUUCGUACAGUUUGUCUGCUACAUAAACUAACCGUUGACAGAUAGCUAGUUAGCUUAGCACCGUAGACGGUAAAAAGCGCCGAACUAGCGAGAUGGUAUCAGUCAACCCAGUGGACUCUGAUCCGGUACUCGGGAUCAACGUUGUGGUGAAGGAUGAAGAGGGAGAGGUAGUGGAUUAUUUAACUGAACCAAUGCUGUCCUGGGGUGUGAAAGAGGAACAAGAAGAGGUACCGUGUCACCUAGGAGAACACGGUGGCUGUAUAGACCAGGCUAUAGACCCUUCAGAAUCACCCCAGAAGAAUCAGCAGGGUCACACCACUGAAACCAACUACCCUUGCUUAGCCUGUGGGAAGUAUUUCUACAACUCAUCAACCCUGCGGAGACACAUGCGUACUCACACAGGAGAGAGGCCGUAUCACUGCUCUGAGUGUGGGCGGAGCUUCAGUCACUCUGGCAACCUGAGGAGUCAUCAGGUGAUCCACACAGGAGAGAGACCGUACCACUGUCUGGUCUGCGGCAAGAGCUUCAGUCAGCCAGGAGGCCUGGCCAAGCACCAGAGGACACACACAGGAGAGAAGCCAUUCCACUGCACUUUCACAGAGUGCGGCAAGAGUUUCUCCAAGUUAGAACACCUACAGACACACCACAGGACUCACACAGGAGAGAAGCCUUACCCCUGCUCCUCUGACUGUGGAAGGAGAUUCUCCAACUCAGGCCAGCUGACCCAACACAUGCGUACUCACACAGGAGAGAGGCCGUACCACUGCUCAGAGUGUCUGAAGACCUUCUCCCACCCAGGAGCUCUGAAGGACCACCAGAGGAUUCACUCAGGAGAGAGACCCUACGUCUGCGCUGUCUCGGCCUGCGGUAAAUCGUUUAUAAACUCUGGGGCUCUGAAAAAGCACAGCCAGACGCACACAGGGGAAAAACCUCACUGCUGCUCUGACUGUGGGAGAGGCUUCUCCCAGCUGGCUCACCUCCAGGCUCAUCAGAGGACUCACACAGGGGAAAGACCCUAUCAUUGCUCCCUCUGUUGGAAGAGCUUUAUUCAACAAGGGCAUCUGGACAGGCAUAGACGCAUCCACCUAGCUGUGGACACACCUGAAGAUCAGUUAUCCCCUAGCAUCAGUCCAGAUCAGCACAUUAGACCGAUAGAUGAUCCACCUAACGUCUUUGAUGAAGAAACUGUGCCAGAACAACCUGUACAUACUGAAUUAAUGAGUGACCUUGAAUGAUUGGUUUGAUUGCAUAAUUCCAGACUGUGUCAAUUUUUACACUGUUUUUGUUUGUAUCUCACUGCUGCAUAAAACCAUUGGUGUUAUUAUUCUGUCAAAUAGCCUGCAAUACAUAAUGUGGGUGGGUGGACGGACGGACGGACGGACAAGGCCUGAUGAUGGAUGGAUGGGUGGGUGGGUGGACGGACGGACGGACAAGGCCUGAUGAUGGAUGGAUGGAUGGGUGGGUGGGUGGGUGGACGGACAAGGCCUGAUGAUGAGCUGAUGAUGGGUGGAUGAAUGGAUGGGUGGACGGACGGACAAGGCCUGAAGAUGAGCUAAUGAUGGGUGGAUGGAUGGAUGAUGAUGGGUGGGUGGGUGUAUGGAUGGGUGGGUGGGUGGACGGACAAGGCCUGAUGAUGAGCUGAUGAUGGGUGGAUGAAUGGAUGGGUGGACGGACGGACAAGGCCUGAAGAUGAGCUAAUGAUGGGUGGAUGGAUGGAUGAUGAUGGGUGGAUGGGUGGGUGGGUGGGUGGACGGACAAGGCCUGAUGAUGAGCUGAUGAUGGGUGGAUGAAUGGAUGGGUGGACGGACGGACAAGGCCUGAAGAUGAGCUAAUGAUGGGUGGAUGGAUGGAUGAUGAUGUAUGGAUGGGUGGGUGGGUGGACGGACAAGGCCUGAUGAUGAGCUGAUGAUGGGUGGAUGAAUGGAUGGGUGGACGGACGGACAAGGCCUGAAGAUGAGCUAAUGAUGGGUGGAUGGAUGGAUGGAUGGAUGGAUGAUGAUGGGUGGAUGGAUGGGUGGGUGGGUGUAUGGAUGGG